CGACAGCACUGUCCUCUCAGAGCUGGCACCACACUUUCCCAGGCACCUGCAUAGCACACCUUGUUACAGCAGCAAUGCUGGAGCCUGGGCUGGUUGGGACCCUCGGAUGUAAGAGUGAAUUCAUGUUUAACCUUCUAGGAGCUGAGAGGUUACAUUUGGGCUGAGCUCCCCUGAGAAGGUGGUGCCAGGUGUGAGCAGGAAUGUGACUAGUGCGGUUUGUGGAGGGUGGGGCCAGGUUCAGGCAAAUCACCGAGUCAAGCAGCAGGAAUGAGCUAUUUACCUGGCGGAGAGGUGGCCUGCGCCUCAUUUCCUCCUGCUGCCCGGAGACAUGUCCUGCUUGUAGAGCCUGUUCACAUUACUACUAUUCUUCGGCUGGAAGGAUUCUCUACACAAUGAAGAAAAACAGCUCCAUGCAGGGGACUCUGAAUAAGCUAUUUGGGAAGAAAUCAGCAAGUAACACCUCUCUGUAUGCGAACAACCCCCCAUGGAUACUGGUGCAGGGGACCAAGAAGGCGUCUGUAGACUACACUGAAGAAGUGCACAAUUCUUUCGCAUUCCUGGAUGACUCUGGGACAGCAACUUUAAAAUCACGGCCUGGUCCUCGUGUGAGACCCGUGCUUCAGCUUUCUACAAGUAACACAGACACACAAGGAUUAGCUGUACCGACCCCUUCCGUUCCAGCAGGGUUUACAGAUAAUGCCUCUACAGGCAACGGCUCAAAGCUGAAUGGAAGCUACAGAUUGUAUAGUUCCGUUGGAGAUCUUCGAUUCACGAAUUAUGAUGAUGAUGAUGAUUAUGUUGAUGCUGAUGAUGAUCUUGAUGAGAUCCCUGCACCACCAUCUAUGCCGCCACCACCUCCUCCAACCAUGGCACCUCCGCCGCCACCUCCACCACCACCACAAAAAAGUCCUCCUUCAUCCGUUAUUUCAUCUCCACAAUCUCCAAGUCCUCCAGACUUUAUACCCCCUACCCCAAAUUCUUCAGUACCUGUGCCACCUAGUUUUUUGCCAACAGAUCAAUCUGCAGUACAAAGAGUAGAACAGCAUCAAACAAAUAAUGUAACUAAAUGCAAAUCUGAGACUGUUCUUAAUGCAUUUUCUAAAGAUUUGCCCAUGACUUUACCUAAUAGAUUUUCCAUGAAUCCUGCUGCUUUCCAACAUAACCAAGGGCAGACCAAUUUUAGUGCUGAGCCUCAGUCCACAUUGCCAAGGUCCUUCAAAAUACCUCCUCCAGCUCCAGCCAGGACAUCAUCAAUACAGUUGCCUCAAGAGCCUCAGAACAUUGAUUAUUCUAAAGAUCCUCCCCAGAAUCCAGUGCGAUCUAGCUUUAAUCCAAGUUUUCAAGCCAAGCUUUUCACAGCAAAGCAGCAACAGCAAUCUCUUAAUGAUACACUGAAUAAGAGAAAAUCCAUGUUGAUAAUGGAAGAUCUUCCAGACUUCUCAGAAAAGUCUGAUCAGGGAUUAGAAAAAACAGCAAAUAUGACCGAUUCAUUAAACCCUAGAGUGCCUCAAUUAAAAGAGAACACCUCUGUUCUGCAAAAUCUUCAUGUAGCAUUAAACAAGGGAACCAAGAAUGAAGAUAUUAAUCAUAACAAAAUGGAACCUCUAUCAAUAUCUAAGGAGGAUCUUCCAUUGCAGUCCUACCGAAGGCUUAAUAGCAAUGAAGGUGGAUUUACAUCAGUUGUUUCUAAACAAGGUGAAGGGCAAAAAUACUCCCAGAAUGGUGCUGAUCAUAAUACUCUUAACAAACGUGGACACACACAAGAAAUACACAAAACUUUAAAGCCUGCUGUUAAAUGUAUUUCAAUCAAACCUAUUAUAAAUGAGCUUUCAUUAUCAAAUGCAAAUGGGUCUAAACAUAACUCUCUAACAGCAAAGGAGAUGGAAGUAUUGCCUCAAGAGUUGACUAGAAUAAAUAAGGAAGUUUAUCCAAAACCAGAAAAAAGUUCAGAAAAUGUAAAUGAGUGUCCUCCCACACCACCCCUGAAGGCCUCUCUUUCACUACCUGUUCAAAAUAUUACACCACCAAAGACUCCACCAAAGACUCCACCUAUAAGUUCAACAACUCCACCACUCGCUCCGCCUUUUCGCUUGCCUUCACCACUGCUUUCUCCAAAGCCGAAGACCAUUUCUGUCACCCCAAAACAACCAGCACUUGUUCCUCCUCCACCACCACCAAAAGCACCACCUGCACCUCCACCUUUACCAAGUUCUUAUGGCCCAUCAAGUUCGGUACCUUUGCUAGAAGCAUUACAAGCAAAACAGCAGACCCUAAGAAAGAUUCCAAAGUCUAUAGAGGUUAGGCCUGCUCAGACAACACCUAUGCCAAGUGUUGAUAAUGAGCAAAAAAUCAGAGUUGGGAAGAUAAAGGGUGAGUUAGAAGCAUUAUUCUCUCCAAAAAAAGAUGAGAAAAGGGAGAGGCUUAUAAAUUCUCGUAUGGAGGCAAAUAAGAAUUCCAAUGGCAAUUUUUCACAGUCAGGAGGAGAAAAUAAAUUGGUGAAUUCAUUAAUGUUGAAAGUGCCUCUUCUACCUGCUAAAUUAGAGAAAGACGAUGUUGAUGCAGACAAUUCCGAAUGGCUGCCUAAAAGUAAUAACCUGGAUAUUCAGAUACCUGAGCCAGACUAUUUACCAGCAAGCCCUGCUUACAAACUGGAGAAGCCAAUAUAUGCAAAGUUACAAAAUAAAAUUCCAAAAGCAACUCUGGAUAUACCUGUUGCUCCACUGCCAGUUGCUUCCCCUCAAAAAGACACAUCUACAGAAGGUGUGUUUGAGACCUCCAUUCCAACCUACAAGCCACACCGUGAAACAAAGUUAUUGACCGAAAGCAUUAGCUUAGAUGAACUGCCAGUACAAAUUUCACAACCAGUUACAAAUUUUAGUAUAAACCUGGACAGUGUUUCCCAACAUACGGAAAUUGCAAAUGUAGAGCAAGAAGCUCCACUUAAAUCUCCUGCUGAAAGUACAAUUAAUCACCCUGUCACCGGAGAUCAGGUUGAAGCAAAUUCUCCAUUGGCUUUACUAAUGGCAGCACAAAAGCGGGCACAGAAAGCAAAGUCCUUAGAAAGGGGAAAUCUUCCAAAAAUUUCUGUUACAAGUGGGAUUAUUAAGAGUAUAUCUGCCUCUCCAUAUAAUGAAAGAAGAGCAAAUACAUUUGUUGUUUCUCCCUAUAAGGGAAAUACAGGAAACUCUACGGAGGAAGUCACCAGUUUUGCAUCGAACUCAAUCGAAAAUUCAGACUCUGUUUCAAAUUCAUCAACCCAGAAAGAUGGAGUACUCCAGUCUUAUGAUAUAACAAGUACUUUGGAUAGAGAUGCUGAUAAUUCCAAUGACAAGUUUAGUGUACCAUAUGUUUAUAAUUCAGUUGACAUACCGGUUUCUACCACAAACAGGAAUGAAGACUAUUUAAAACCAAAAUCAACAACAUUCGAUAACCGUUUCUCUACCACUGUGCCAAGUUCAACUGAAUCCCCUAGUUUUAAUAUUUCUUCUUUUCCUUCACCGAUCCCUGACCGAAAGAUGGAUACUAAAAUUGAAUAUGAAAUAAUACCACCCCCAGCAGAGUUCAUGAAUAGUCCAGUACAAUCAAUUAGUAGUAGCAUGCAGCAGGAAAACAGAUCACAUGUCUUUGAUCAUGAUACAAGUCUUCAUUCUGAUUUAAGUCCAACUUACGACAGAAUUAAUUCAGUUAUUCAGCCUUUUCCUUCCCUGUCAAACACAAGCAACUUUGGCUAUUACUCAAGUGAUAAUUAUGGCACUGCACAAAGGAGCUCCCUUAUUAAGAAACGACUGUACAUGCCUGAACCAGAGAGUUCAUGGAACUAUGGGAAAAAUACAAGCUCCUUAAGGUCUUCUACUAUGCCAGGGUCUUAUAUCAAUGCAAAGUCUAGCUCUAAUAUGGUUCUAGAUCCACGACGUUCCAACACAACAUCAAGAUUCUUACCUCAGGGUAGGAGAGAUUAUUCUGAGAAUAUGAACCGAAUAGUACCACCAAUGACUGAUCUGAAAUACAAAUCUCAAAGUUCGGAUUACUCAAUGGGACAAUCAUCAUCCAGGGCACAAAGUAAACUCCCACAAGGAAUGACCUUUACUGUCAGACCAGGCACCAGACAACCAAUUUCCCAAAUGUAUCAAGGCGGCUACCUGUGAGCAUGCCACGUUCCUGCCAACUAGCUUGGAUUCUACUUUUUGGUUUCAUGUUUUUAAUUAUAUGAAGCUAUUGCAUUCUUAUAGAAUCUAUUUUUUGUAAUAUUUUAUCAUACUUUCUCUUUUAAUGUUGCUAUUUGUGUCUCUUUAUUUUACAUGUUAUGUGCCUUUUGGUUUACUUCACCAUAAUAUUUUGCUUAAAUACUGAACUUUUGUUGUAUAAAUAUAUAUAUACAUAUCUAUUAAAAAAAAAAAAAAAAAAUAGCCACUGUAUAAAAAAAUGUACAUACGUUUGAAAGGAGAAGUCCUAUGAGAAACCCUACACAAAGCACUUUGUAUUUCAGUGUAUAUUUAUAUAUGUGUUAUAGAAGUUCUUUUUAUGUACUCUCAUAUAAAUGUAAUGUCGUUUAGUGUUACAAGAGAGUGUCUGUCUGAAUUUGCUUUUAAAGAGGAUGCAUAAAGCUUUUGCAUGCUAUAUCCUCAAUAUUAUUUUACAG